AUGAUUGAUCCGGCAAGCAUAGCAGGGCUCACCCUGGCGAUAUGUGACGCACUGCUGAAACUAGGCGAGAGGACCGCGCAAUUGGUACAGGAUGCCAAAACAUUUAGUGAGGACAGCGAUCGACUGCAGACAAAACUGCUGAAUGAGAACGCCCGGACUCGCUCGCUUCGCCACGUUCUUUUCGAACGUUCGCCGGUUUACGGUGGGAUGACACUGUUUCAGAGGUUCAACGAAGAUUCCCAAGAAGAGAUACACGUCUCACUUGAGACACUAGUACAUACACUGAAAGAAGCCUGUAUUCUUUUGGAAAAGCAUACACGCGGGCUGGCGACACCUCCUUCAGAGAGGAUGGAGGUCUCAGAAAAUUCGUCACCGACAACAUAUACGUCUGAGUUGUCGGUACGGGGCUUAGAGCCCGCUUUAAGGUCUCCAUCCCCUGGCUCGUCUUGGAAAACCUUCCCCAAAGCGUCGAUGCUACUGCUACGCUGGAGCUUCCAUGACAAGAAACGAACGGAAGAGAUCCUUCGAAACUUCGCUGGCUUAAAUGGAGAUAUCCACGAAAAGAUCAAGCUGCUUUGUUUGGCAUCGGACCUUGGAUUACCUCCACAAAAUAACAUUGAGCAUCUCAAGCGUUUGCAAAAUGAUGCAAGUGCCAUCGGAUUAGGCUUCGAUAUUGAUGCAAGGUUACGGCUGACUGCCCGAAAUGACCAAUCUGUCAGUGACAAGCCAUCUUUGGAGUUGGACAGCUCUUGGUCGGAGGUACUCACGUCUACAAGAAGCCCCGACGAGCGGCUUCUGAUGAUUGAACGCAAUGGUCAAAACUUUCUGCUUGAAUAUCGAGCAGUUGAGACGACGCAAGGCCUUGGACAUACACUGGACGCAAGGACAAAGACCCUUAUCGAGGAGCUGGCUAGGAUACUACACGAACCGAAGGAGUUGGCUUUCUGCAUGUUACACUGUCUUGGUUGGAAACGGAUUCCCGGCAGCCAACGUGUCGGCUUAAUUUUCGAAAUACCAGGCGGUGUCGUUCCAAAACCAACGAACUUGUUCCAUAUGUUAGGGUCUCGUGUCUUUCUGCCAGAACUUGGAGAACGAUACAAGCUAGCCUUCGCGCUGGCCAGGUGCAUAUCGCAGCUUCAGCUGGUGAAGUGGGUCCACGAAAGCUUUCGAAGCGAGAACAUAUUGUUUUUCCCACGGCAAAAUGAAAGCUCCACGCAAGAAUCUUUCGAUCUCUCAAAGCCUGUAGUCCUCGGUUACGAAUUCAGCAGGCCUGAGCUGGAUUUCUCGUCCGGAUUUACCGACAUCUGCAUCGAACGCGACGUCUACCGGCACCCUGAGCGCCAAGGAAGACCCGGAAAGAUGUUCAACAAGAUCCACGACAUAUACGCGCUAGGUGUCGUACUCUUGGAAAUCGGACUCUGGGAGCGCGCUAUCAAUCUCGAGAGGAACAACUUCAGGACCGCCCGAGACCCGUGGGUCAUCAAAGAGCAGCUGCUGAAGCAGGCCAAGCGUCGCUUAGGCGACAAGAUGGGAGUAAGAUACCGCGAUGUCGUGGUGAAGUGCCUGACAGCGGACUUUGAGGUCGUCAACGACACGAAAGAUGAUCUGAAGCUGCAGCAGGCGUUCCGUGUUCAGGUUGUUAAUGUGCUGGAGGCGGGAGCGAACUUUUUGUAG